CCGGCCCGGCAGCUACCUUUGCCCCCAGCCUCAAGCAUCCGCCCUGCGUUCCCCUUUCUCACAUUUGCGUAGUGAUGGAGUUGCUCUUCAUCGUCAUAAUAAUCCACGAUUUGAUUUGCUGUCCUCAAACAACCUUGUACCAAACGCAUUGCUGUCCCACGAACAAUCGCAUGGCUGUUUCCUCUCGGAUAUCUCCAUUGUCACUAUUGUCGGAUUUGACCAUGGAUUGCUAACAGCCAGAUAUGUAAUGAAGUGAGGUCGUUGACUGCAUGCGCAUACUAUGCUAAAGCUCAUCGACCAUCCGUCUGAUUCUCUUCAAAACAGUCCAUACUCUCAAUCACACUUAUACUCGGAGUCAUCGUACGCUUCUACCACUCAUUUCCGCACAUCACAACGGAUCACCACCACACGCACAAGCAUAUUCUUCUCGCCCUCCCAAGUCGGUACAACAUCUAUCUCACCCACCCACUCACCCAUCAACCAAGCGACCUCUUCAUCGAACUCUCCACGCACCGGCACAAUGUGCAUAGUCCUCUUCGCAACCGCAGCAUCAUGCUCCUGCCCCCCUACACCCACAUACCCCUACCUACGUCUCUGCCCCGCUGCCCGACAGCACGAUCCUAUCAAAGCGUGUCCGGUCGGGAGCAGAAUCAGCCAGACGCUGGGGUAUGCCGGGGCGUGCUUGUGGUGUAGGCAAGUGGGGAGGGAGAAGGCGCGGAAUGAGAGGCGGGAGUGGGCCAAGGGCCGGUUGAUGGACUCUGCUAGAGAUUCUUCUUCUGUUGGGGAGGACGGAAGUGGUGGGGGGAAGGGAUUCGUGAGGGGGUAUGGGAGUGGGAGGUUUGUUAGGUGGUGAGGUGUGGGUUUAGUGGGCGUUGGGAGAUGGUAUAGGAUAGGUCGUGGUCAGUUUGGAGGAUCUGCUGAGUGGCGAAGGGGGAGAAAAAGAGAGAAUGAGAUGGAGAGGGUUUUGGAAUAGGACAUGGGGACCUGCAUUUGCAUUCGGCGACUAGCAUAGUUUGGAGUUUGAUGGGGUUUAGAUCUUAGGUACUAAAGAG